CCAUCUUCACUAUAUGCAUGUUUUUUUCUUGUUUGUUAAGAAUGCAAAUGUGGACCCCUGGACAUUGCCUUCAUUGUGGACAGCUCUGAGAGUAUCGGAGCUUCUAAUUUUGCCAUCGCUAAAGACUUCAUUGUGACGGUAAUGGACAGGCUCAAGGUCAAGUUUGGUGCCAAUGAAUCUCGUAUUGGCGUGGUGCAGUACAGCGGUGCCAAUGCUCAGGAGGUUGUACAGCUCGGCGACCCCAACAUUAAGACCUUAACAGACCUAAAGCAAGCCGUGAAAGACUUCCGCUGGCUGGCUGAAGCCACAUACACUGGAGAAGCUCUGCAGUACUCGCUUAACAACAUGAUCAACAAGCUUGUGACGGAGAGGAGUGUGGUCAUUGUCCUUACUGAUGGACGCUCUGACACCAUAAGAGACAAAGUACCCAUGAACGUGCUGUGCGGCAAGGGACUGAAGGUUGGUGGUGUUGGAGUGGCGGAUUAUGCAGAAAGGCAGCCCAAUUCGGAACAGCUUGAUGAGGUUGUGUGUAAAGAUGAUCCCAGAAAAGGCUUCUCCUUUGUCUUAAACAACUUUGGUAUUCUUCUGGAUGACAGUUUCCUGCAAAACCUGACUGAGAAGAUCUGUGAAGACAAGAAGUGUCCUAGCUUUACUUGUCCAAUUUCAUUUAAUGACAACACUGAUGUCCUCAUCAUGAUGGACAGCUCAGCAAGCGUGGGCUCCAAGAACUUCGAGAUGACCAAGGAGUUCGCACAAAUGCUGGCUAAGCGCUUUUUGUCAGCAGAAAGAGGAAGCUUCCAGGUCCGGGUUGCCAUUGGCCAGUACAGCAACAAUGCCAACUUAGAGACCGAAUUUUCCUCAAACAUCACCCAGGUGGCCGCUGAUAUUACAGAGGCAAAGUUCCAGGAUGCAGGUACACAGAUAACAAAUGCUCUCACCUUCGCCAUUGAGCGCCUCAGGGGUGGCAGGACGAGGAAGAAGAAGCUGCUGGUGUUUUCGGAUGGCCGUUCCCAAGGCGUCAGCAACAACCAGAUUGAAAAAUCCGUGGAACAGGUGAACAAUGCGGGCAUUGAGCUGUAUGUGCUGGCCGUGGGCAACCAGGUAAACGAGAUGCACCUGCGCACCUUAGUGAGCCGAGGACGGCCCUAUGACAAUACAUACGCCUACCGCCACCUUUUCAAAGUACCUGACUACCGCUCAUUGGUCACUGGGGUCUUUUACCAAACUGUAUCCCGCAAGAUUUCCUUGGAGUCGAGGGGGUGAUUGGAUAGUGGGAGGGGUUCAGGAAUAAAGGGGGUGGGUGACAGUAUAGCGCAAGCUUUGAUUGUUUUUAUUUUUUGUCUGUUUUCCAUGUGAAUGGUAUAUCUGAACUUAAAAGGUUUUUCAUAGUCUCUUACAUUUCAUAAAAGACAGUAAAUGAUUGUGUCGGAAUUCUUAAAAAAUUAUUUUCAUGUCACUUAUUUCUUUGUAGGUAAAGGGAUUUAUCAAGUCGUUUCACAGAUUAUGUCAAUGUUGGAGUAGGUUAUAGAGCUUUGACUUUUUGACUGUAUUAAGUUGUCCAUGACUGCCAGAAAUUUGCAUUAAAUAAUAUAUCCACUGCUAAGGGCACAAAAUUAUUAUUUCAGUGGAAAGGAGCUAUCAUCUCUAUUUGAUGAUGCAGACUUCUUGCAAUCUUGCAACCAGGGUCCAAAAUGAACACAUUCUAAUCAAUCCAUCAAUCAAUCAAUCAAUCAAUCAAUCAAUCAAUCAAUCAAUCAAUCAGUCUUUCUAUCUAUCUAUCUAUCUAUCUAUCUAUCUAUCUAUCUAUCUAUCUAUCUAUCUAUCUAUCUAUCUAUCUAUCUAUCUAUCUAUCUAUCUAUCUAUCUAUCUAUCUAUCUAUCCUUUACAAUAUAUGUUUAUAUCUACUGUCAAAUAUACCUGGAAAUUGAAAAUAUAUAUAUUUUGGACCCUGCUUGCAACCAAGUCCUAGCAAUUCUUUACUUGCAUUAGUCUGUGGUACACUUAAUUGUUGCCAUUAAAAAUAAAACUUGAAUAGAAAUUUGGUGCUACACAUGUAAACACUACACUAGCUCCUUUAGUCAUUCAAAUGCAGGUUUCUUCAAAAUUGUUCUAUGUGCCUUUAACCAAAGAGUUUACCAACAGGCUUCUCAUGCCAAAAAUGUAUUUGAGGCCAGCCCCAGGGCUGUUGUAAAGGUAUUUGAAAUAAAGGAUGCUACACCCCACCACUAA